UUUGUGUGUGCGUGUUCGCUCGGAGCCAAGCGCUGAACUUAAAGACUAAAAUAUAAUUUCAAGAAAGUAUUUAUUGCUAAAACAUGGCACGUACAAAGCAAACUGCGCGUAAAUCAACGGGUGGAAAGGCGCCCCGUAAACAACUCGCUACCAAGGCAGCGCGUAAGUCCGCGCCUUCUACUGGAGGUGUUAAGAAACCACAUCGCUAUCGUCCAGGCACUGUCGCUUUGCGUGAGAUCCGUCGCUACCAGAAGAGCACCGAGUUGCUGAUUCGUAAGCUGCCGUUCCAGCGUUUGGUGCGUGAAAUCGCUCAAGAUUUCAAGACCGACUUGCGUUUCCAGUCUGCCGCCAUCGGCGCUUUGCAGGAAGCUUCUGAGGCUUACCUAGUUGGUUUGUUCGAAGACACCAAUUUGUGCGCAAUUCACGCCAAACGCGUCACCAUUAUGCCCAAGGACAUUCAAUUAGCUCGUCGCAUCCGUGGCGAGCGCGCCUAGACAAUGACGCCAUCUUGGAUUAGACGCAGAGCGAUGAUAGCAGCAGCAACAACAACAGCAGCGCAGACAUCGUGCACAACAACAAUAGUCAAAACGCAUUAUUUGUGGAGGGAGGAACACGACGAAGUUGUUGUGGCGUAUUUCAUUUUAGUUUUAGUCAAGCUAAGUUUACAAUAUAAUUACAUACAUAUAUAAAAACUUAUGAAAAAAGGAAACAUAAAUACCGAUAUAAAUAUUUACUGGAA